AUGGCUAGUCAACCACAAAUCGCUCCAAAGAAGCAGCAAGAGCUGCAGGCGCAAUACACAAACUUCAAGAACACUCUGCAACAGCUAGCUCAGAAGAUUGGUGAUAUUGAGCAGGAGGCUGAGGAGCACAAACUCGUGAUCGAUACCCUGGAGCCCCUACCUCAAGACCGGACGUGCUUUCGGAUGGUAAAUGGAGUUUUGGUUGAGCGGACAGUUGCCGAUGUUCUACCUACGCUGAAAACAAACUCGGAUGGCUUAAAGCAAGUAUUGGAGGAUAUGCUGAAACAGUACAAGUCGAAGCAAUCGGAGCUGGACAAUUGGAAGAAAAAGAAUAAUAUCCAGGUUGUACAACCUUAAGAGACGAUUUAUGAAUGAAGAAUCUCGUUUGACCACGAUGUAUGGGCUGUCUACUUAGCCGAAUGUACUAUAAACCUUUCUCCCUUACGGAUACACGAAGAUCAAAAGGUGUUGUAGGGUUUGCUCAAUCGAUUGCAUUUGCUGUC